UCUCUGAAUAAUAAUGGGGUGUGUCCCUGGCUAUCUUAUCUUCGUACCAUUUCUGGUGUACUCUGCUGCUCUGCCAUUAUCUUCUAUUGUGCUUUCUACAGAAGUUUGGGACGGUGGCGUUACAGUAUUCUGAAUUCGAUUGUAUCUUGCGAAGGAUCUUCGUCUUUGUUUUCAUUAAGGUUAAUUAUGACAAAUUAGGUUGAUUCUCACCGACGUUAUUUGGGAUUUGUGGUCACUUUAGCUUGGUUUCAACAUCGAGCUUCAAAAGAAAAAAGGCCAAACCGAAGCUAGAAUUUCAUGAUGCAGCUCCAAGGAACACCCUCUGCUAUUGGAUUCUACAUGCCUGCAGAGUGGGAAAUCCACACUCAGUGUUGGAUGGGUUGGCCAGAACGCCCUGAUAACUGGCGAGAGGGCGCCGCACCCGCCCAACAUGUGUUUGCCAGGGUGGCAACUGCCAUCUCAAAAUUUGAGUCUGUCACUGUUUGUGUUAGUUCUGUCCAGUGGGAGAAUGCACGAAGUCAGUUGCCUGAACAUAUCAGGGUGGUUGAGAUGAGUAUGAAUGAUUCUUGGUUUCGUGAUUCUGGACCCACUUUUGUUGUGAGAAGAAGCACGACAACAGAGUCUGGUGGUGCAGUUGACAGAAUUGCAGGGAUUGACUGGCAAUUUAAUAGUUGGGGGGGUUUAGAAGAUGGAUGCUAUAGUGAUUGGAGUCUUGAUUUGCUUGUGGCUAAGAAGAUUUUGGAAACUGAGAAGAUUCCAAGAUUUCCGCAAUCGAUGGUGCUUGAAGGUGGAAGUAUCCAUGUGGAUGGAGAAGGAACUUGUCUUACAACAGAAGAGUGCCUCUUGAACAAGAACAGGAACCCUCACUUGAGUAAGGACCAAAUAGAGGAUGAACUUAAGACAUAUCUUGGAGUCAGGAAGGUUAUAUGGUUGCCUCGUGGAUUAUAUGGGGAUGAUGACACGAAUGGUCACAUUGAUAACAUGUGCUGUUUUGUGAGGCCUGGUGUGGUUAUGCUGUCUUGGAUUGAAGAUGAAACUGAUCCUCAGUAUGGAAGAUCUAUAGAAGCUUAUUCUUUGCUUUCAAAUGAAACAGAUGCUAAGGGUAGAAAGUUUGAAAUCAUUAAAAUCCAUGUUCCCGGUCCACUCUAUAUGACAGAGAGCGAGUCUGCUGGGAUUUCCCAGGACGGUGAGGCUAAGCCAAGACCUGCGGGUACUAGGCUUGCUGCUUCCUACGUAAACUUUUACAUUGCAAAUAAAGCUAUCAUUGCACCACAAUUUGGAGAUAGAAAGUGGGAUGACGAAGCUAUCCGAGUCUUAUCUAAUGCCUUCCCUCAUCAUGAAGUUGUGGGAGUUGAAGGUGCCAGGGAGAUUGUUUUGGGCGGUGGAAAUAUACACUGCAUUACUCAGCAACAACCAGCAGUUUAAUCAGCCGCAAUGUCAAUAUUCCUUGACAGGUGGUAUUGAUGCUUUUAGGUUUUCAGAAUGAUUAUUUACUGCAAAUGAGGAGGAGCGUGUAGCAGCUUGGGUGGAAGGGUAUGCUAUUCAGAUGGAAAACCGAGGAAAAUAAAACCAGAUUUAUUAAUUUUAAAUCUGGAUAUCGUGGUUACUCUGAAAUAAAUCCUAUUUAUUUCACUUAUUUUUCAACGGAAUAAUAGUUUUUAUUUUGCUACCAAGUUGUAGAAAAUGGAUCCUGCGUUGUUUUUUGGUGUUCAGGAUUUGAUAAAAAAAGCAGUGCAGAUCAUUGCUAAGUCUUGAAAUGAAAUAACAAAAUUUUGAUA